UCUCUCCUCUCUUUCUCUCUCCCCCUCUCUCUUUCUGCGGCGAGUGUUAGCGUUAAGCCUAAGCAGCAACAGCGGCGGCGGCAGCGGCGGAGAUGGAUCCAGAUGCGGUGGCGAAGGCAUUCGUGGAGCACUACUACUCAACGUUCGACUCGAACCGUGCUAAUCUGGGGACGCUUUACCAGAACGAAUCCAUGUUGACCUUCGAAGGCCAGAAGAUCCAGGGUUCUCAGAACAUCGUUGCUAAGCUCACUUCUCUUCCCUUCCAGCAGUGCCAGCACUCCAUCUCAACCGUCGAUUGCCAGCCCUCUGGCCCCUCCGGCGGCAUGCUCGUCUUCGUCUCCGGCAACCUCCAGCUUGCCGGCGAGCAGCACGCUCUCAAGUUCAGCCAGAUGUUCCAUUUGAUCCCAACAGCGGCGGGCAGCUUCUAUGUCUUGAAUGACAUCUUUCGGUUGAACUAUGCUUGAACACGACUGCUCUUUUUCAACAAAACCGCGGGGGUUUUAUAGUCAAUUGUCUGGAAAUGAAACAAGUUUGCUAGUUACUGUUUUACUUUAGACAUCUCAAAUGGAAAGUGGGAUUUUUUUUUUUAAUUGAAAUUGUUGGUUAUGUUUUAACCUUUUGCAAUGUGCCUGUCCUAUCUCCGGAAUUCAGAGUUUCCUGGUUGUGAUUGGUUGAAUGGAUGUAUGAAGCUUUCCUGCAGAACUUUUUGAAAUGAAUUCAGUAUUCAAGGCUCCAAGGCCUUUUUGUUGG